GCGUGUGCGUGUGUGCGCGCUGGCACGACAGGCUCGCGGUCGAUGUGCCCGCCGAACGCUGUGCUGGCGGGGCUGCAGUGGCUGAAGAACCAGCCGCCGGUGCUCGCGCUGGCGGACGAUGCGUACCCGGGGUGGCUGUGGACGCUGCUGGAUGCCAAGAAGGUGGAGGACGACGGGCCGGGCGGGCGCGGGGAGAAGGUGCGGCUGCGGCGGGAGAACCGGCAGCGGAUCAGGGACCAGAACUUCAUGAAGACGCAGUGA